CACGACUUGCUCAUGAAAGAAGCACCAGAAAACAAACUCAGGUCAACAGUAGCUGCGUAUUAUCCUUGCUUGUGCAGUGGCUCCAUCCAACAUGUUCGGCUUUAGGUUGAGGCGUAGUGGACGCAAGAAAACUGAUGAUUACACAUGUGAAGAAACGGGUGUCGUAGAGAGUUCUGUCUGUGAACCAAGCUCCAUGUUCAAGUCGCAAUUACGCCGCGGUGUCGUAGCACUAUUAGCACUUUUACUUUUAGGAGCAACCCUCACACCGCUUAUGCUGUAUGAGUGGUCUCCUGUACCAUCGCAUUGCCCUGUGCCGGAGCCUGUGCGACCGGUCGAGGCCAAGCUGGUUCCUACCUACCAUGGACCCGCAGUUGAAUUCCCCGAUCGCUUCACGCUGGUCCUCAACUCCUUCCGGCGGCCGCAGCUGCUGCAGCGCGCGGUGGCGCACUACGCGCAGUGCAGGAGCGUGGAUGCAGUCAGGGUGAUAUGGUGUGAGGGCGGGUUGCCACCCACACGCGCGGAGGCGCCGCAGUACUACUCGGACGUCAAGGAGGUGCGGUACGACAUCGUGAGUAACUCCUCACUCAACAACCGCUUCUGGCCGUUGGAAGGUCUCCGUACGGAAGCGGUUUUGAGCCUGGAUGACGACAUCCUAGCGCCCUGUGAGGUGCUGGACGAGCUGUUUGCGCUCUGGCGACGUGACCCGCAUAACAUGGCCGGCUUCUACCCCCGACUACACGUGCUAGACAAGCAGUGCAGGUACCGCUACCUCCAGGGUUUCGGCACGCUUACGUGGCACGGCGCCUACAGCCUGGUGCUCACCAAGGCGGCCAUGCUGCACCGAGACUACCUGGAGUACUACACCAACCACAUGGAUCCCGCCGUACGACAGCACGUGGAUGCCGUACACAACUGUGAAGAUCUGGCCAUGUCGUUGUUGGUUGCCUCGGCUACCGCGCGUCCGCCCGCCUUCCUGCACUCCCCCCGAGUGGUGGACCUGGGGAAGGGGCUGCUGAAGGUUAAGGGGAUCAGCUCGGGCAAGAAACAUGGAGAUAUCCGAUCCGGCUGCCUGAGCUUCUUCGCCGAGCGGUACGGCGGUGUGUUGCCGCUUGUGGCGACCAGCCUAUCGGAGGCGGCCGCAGCGGGGGCGGCUAGGGCGGCAGCGGG